AUGUCGAAGGCGUUGGAAUGCCAAAUGCCCGAAAUCCUUUCUUCAGCAUCCCUUCGCUCAAUAUACAGUCAUAACGCAAGGCGCAACAAGAAUUUGCAACCUCGCAUCCACCAAAGGCUACUAUCAUCCACUGCUGGAUCCAGGAAUAAUGCCUUGCCGCUGAGUGGGCUUCGUGUCCUUGACCUCUCGCGCGUUCUUGCAGGACCGUACUGCACACAGAUCCUGGCCGACUACGGAGCGACGGUCCUCAAGAUAGAACAACCCGGAACUGGCGACGAAACUCGGCAAUGGCGAGUCUCUGGUGAAGAUCUGAUGUGGAAGGACCAAUACCCACAGAUGAGCCUCUACUUUGCGGCCGUCAAUCGGAACAAGCGGUCUAUGACUCUGGACUUGAAAUCUCCUCAGGGGUUGGAGAUCAUCCAAAAACUGGUUCGGAACAGCGAUAUUCUAGUCCAAAACUUCGUGCCUGGGAAAGCCGAGUCCAUGGGGCUAGGAUACGAUGUUCUGAGCGCAGAAAAUCGGCGAUUGAUCUAUGCGAGCAUUUCUGGGUACGGCACAAGUGGACCCAGUCGCUCCCGCGCCGGCUACGAUGCCAUAGCUCUUGCUGAAGCCGGUAUUCUGCAUGUCACUGGAGAAGCUGAUAGCGCCCCUGUCAAGCCUGGCGUUGCGAUGGCGGAUAUGUGUACAGGACUGUAUGCACAUGGAGCGAUUUUGACUGCCCUUGCUCAGCGAGAAAGAACCGGUCGUGGAACGAAGAUUGAAUGCAGUCUGUUCGAGACUUCUUUGAGUAUGCUGAUCAACGUCGGGCUCACGGCCUUGAACUUGGACAAGACUAGUUCAGCCCGCAGAAGAGGUGAAAGGUAUGGUCUAGGUCACCCUAGUCUGGUACCCUAUGGAGGUUUUGUGACAAAAGAUAACAAGAGAAUUUUUAUCGCCGCCAAUAACAAUCGCCAGUGGCAACUAUUCUGCAGGGCGCUCAAGCUUGACGAGAUCGCAGGCGACAAACGCUUCUCGACGAAUGAUGGGCGAGUCCAGCAUCGAGAUGAGAUCAACCGCGUCGUCCAGGCAGAGUUUCAGAAAAGGACAAAAGAACAGAUGAUGCAGUUAUUGGAAGGCACAGGUUUGCCAUAUGGAGGUAUCAAUGAUGUGGUGGAAGCUUUGGAGCAUCCUCAGUCGCGUGCCAGAGGGAUGGUCACGACAAUAGAGAAUUUUGAAGCGGCGAGAGACGGAGUUUUGAGCCUUAUUGCACCCCCGGUCACGUUUAAGGACACCAAAUUCGCAGGGGUCAGGAUAAAGCCGCCUGUUCUGGGUGAACAUACCGCCCAGGUGCUCGAGGAACUCGAAUAUACCACUUCUCAAAUGGCAGAAUUUCGGAAGGCAGGGAUUGUCUGA